AGCUGCGCAGGGUCAAAAUCAGUCUGGCAUGGGCGGAGGCCAGGACCCUUCAAAGUCCAAGAAAGAUAAGAAAGAUAAGCCCAAGUACGAGCCGCCGCCGAAGCCUACCACCCGCAUCGGUCGCAAGAAGAAGAGACAAGGCGGUGCCAGCGCUGCCGCCAAGCUCCCCUCAGUGUAUCCGACAAGUCGAUGCAAACUCCGACUCCUACGAAUGCAACGAAUCCACGAUCAUCUGCUGCUCGAGGAGGAAUAUGUCGAAAAUCAAGAACGUCUACGCAAGGCGAAGACCGCGAAGGACAGCAACGCUCCUGCGUCCGAGCUCGAGUCUUCCGACCGCAUGGCUGACGAGCGCUCCCGUGUCGAUGACAUGCGUGGCAGCCCCAUGGGUGUCGGUGUUCUCGAGGAGUUGAUCGACGACGACCACGCCAUCGUUUCUAGCACAUCGGGGCCCGAGUACUACGUUAGCAUCAUGAGCUUCGUCGACAAAGACCUUCUGGAGCCCGGCGCCAGCGUUUUGCUACAUCACAAGAGUGUCAGCAUUGUUGGCGUGCUCACCGACGACACGGAUCCGGCCGUCAGCGUCAUGAAGCUUGACAAGGCGCCCACGGAGUCGUACGCGGAUAUUGGUGGCUUGGAACAGCAGAUCCAGGAAGUUCGUGAAUCAGUUGAGCUUCCAUUGCUGCAUCCGGAGCUCUACGAAGAAAUGGGUAUCAAGCCACCCAAGGGUGUCAUUCUCUACGGUGCUCCCGGUACCGGUAAGACCCUCCUUGCCAAGGCUGUGGCAAACCAAACUUCGGCAACGUUCUUGCGCAUCGUUGGUAGCGAGCUUAUCCAAAAGUAUCUUGGUGAUGGUCCUCGAUUGGUCCGCCAGCUUUUCCAGGUUGCCGCCGAGAAUGCCCCUUCCAUCGUGUUCAUCGACGAAAUCGAUGCCAUCGGUACCAAGCGUUACGACUCGACAUCGGGCGGCGAACGUGAAAUCCAGAGAACCAUGUUGGAGCUGCUGAACCAGCUGGAUGGUUUCGACGACCGUGGAGACGUCAAGGUCAUCAUGGCCACCAACAAGAUUGAGUCGCUUGACCCUGCUUUAAUCCGUCCUGGCCGUAUCGACCGCAAGAUUCUCUUCGAGAAUCCCGACCAGAACACCAAGCGCAAGAUCUUCACGCUCCACACCAGCAAGAUGUCACUUAACGAGGAUGUUGACCUGGAAGAGUUCAUCGCCCAGAAGGACGAUCUCUCAGGUGCCGACAUCAAGGCUAUCUGCUCUGAGGCUGGUCUCAUGGCCCUCCGUGAGCGCAGAAUGCGGGUGCAGAUGGCUGACUUCAGAGCUGCUCGUGAAAGAGUUCUGCGCACCAAGCAGGAAGGCGAGCCCGAGGGCUUGUACUUGUAACAUAAUCGCAUAUUACCUGGCCUAAUUUGCAAGACGUUUCAAAUUUAGGCGGAUUGCGACUGGGAAUGGAUUUGACAAUUCAGCCUUGUGAUGUCGAUAUCCAGCCAUCACUAAGCGUACCUUAGUUUGAGUGAAGAUGAAGGGAUACCGUAGCGUUUUAUCAUGGAGAAAGAAGAAACUUUACGGUUGGCUCCUGUAAGGGUAUGUUUUCCACGCCUUAAAUUGUUG